AUGUAAUAAAAAAUUAUAUAAAGACUUCAUGGUUAAGCAUAAAAUUAUGCUUGGGGAAUGUUAUCAACUAAUCCAGAUUGUUUAGUGUAUAAAUUGACACAAAAGACAUCAAAUGAAAUAAAACCAUUUGCUGAAUUUUGGAUGGGAAGUCAUCCAUCAUUACCUUCUUUAUAUGAGAAUGGUGAAAAGGUUAAUUUAGAUCUCCCAUAUCUAUUUAAAGUAUUAUCUGUUGAUUAAGUAUAAUAUUUAAAUGAUUAAGCCACUUUCCAUUUAAAUACAUCCCAAUAAAGAGUAAGCUAAAGUUCUACAUGCAACAAAACCAAAUCUAUAUCCUGAUGAUAAUCAUAAACCAGAAAUGGCAAUUGCAUUAACUAAUUUCGAAGCCUUAGUAGGUUUUACUGACUAAUAAACUAUCAUUCAGAAUAUAGAAAGAGUAUUAUAUAUAAGAUUAUUCUCCUAGAAUCCUUGUGUGAUAUAGAAAAUUGGUGAAAAUUUGUGGAAUCAAUUUGUUGUUGCACAAAAUUAAUAGGCUUAAGACAUAUUGAAAUAAAUAGUAGCUAAAUUAUUAUCAUUGACUCAAGAUGAAGUUAAAUAUCUCUUAGAUAAUUAUUAAUGGCCAAUAAAAUGUAAUCCUAGUCUAGAUCCAGGAUCUAAAAUAGAAAAAUAUGAUGUUGGCUAUUUAUUUCUUUUGUUGAUGAAUCAUUUAAUAUUAUAACCAGGUUAAGCAGUAGUAUUAGAGGCUGGAUUAAUUCAUGCUUAUUUGAAAGGUAAUAUUAUAGAAACAAUGGCAAAUUCUGAUAAUGUUGUUAGAUGUGGAUUCACUCCUAAAUAGAAAGAUGUAGAGACAAUGAAAGAGAUCUUAAUUUGUGAAAUGAAAUAGCCCAACUAUGUCUAACCAAUUAUUGAAGAAUCUAAUGAAUAUUCAUUUAAAUAAUACAUAACUAAGUAUUAGGAAUUUGCAUGUGUAAAUAUUUGUAAUAAUAAUAUAGGAUUGUUUAGAAUUAAAACCUUAAGAGAAAUCUAAAAUAUUUAAAAUUAAAUAAAAUUCUAUCUUAUUGUGUAUCUAAGGAUUUGGAAAAUUAAUAAAUGAAGAAGGACAACACGAACUUAAUUUCGGUUAAACUUACUUAAUCAAUAAAGAAAUUGAAGUCCAUUUCCAAGUAGAUUAAAGUUUAUAAUUAUAUAUCUGUUAUUCAUAAUGAGUUAUUUUAUUUAGUAUUUUAGUAUACAUUAUAGUAAAACCAUUAUUAAUAAAUGAUUUGUUUUAUUUUUAUAUUGUUUCAAGUUUCAGAUAGUUUGAAUUUGGGAGAGAUUCCUUGUAAUUAAUUUAAUGAUGAAGGAAUGUGUAGAUAAAGUGGUUAUUGUUAAUGGUCUGGGUCUUGUUAUGGAUAAUAUUGUCAUUUAAUAGAUGAAGUAGCAGCAUGUAGAAGUAAUGGAGCUAUGAAUACAUAUUGUACAGCUGUUCCUUAUACACCACUUCAAUAUGUUUAAUCUUGUUAUGAAAAUAUAUUUACAGAAUAAAAAGUAUAUUAUUAUAGACAUGUUUCUGAUUUGACAAUAGAUGUUAUACAAAAAACAAGUAUUUUAUUAAGUGAUUUAAUAAAUGGAGAGAGAAGUAUAACUAAUAUGUUAAGAUUAUACAAUCUUGAUGUAUUAUCAAGAUAGAAUGAUGAAUUACAUUAAAUUUUGGAUUUAUAUAUAUCAUAUGCGGAAAUAUUAAUUAGUUAAUAUUCACAUCCAUAUUAUUUAGAGAGAAUAAUAUAUGAAUCAAUUUAAAAUAUUAGAGAUAAUACAUAAUUAAGUUUUUAAUAAAAGAGUAAUACUAUGAUUAAAAUUUUGGAUUUGCUAGAUAUUUACUAUGUAAGAUUGAAGACUUUUUCAGAAUAUUAUUAUACAUAAUAUAAUUUUAUUAAUUUCAACCAAAUUCAUUUGAAAUAUUUAUAAUUAUAAUAUUAGGGAUUAGCUACUCUAACAUGGACUGAUUAUGAAAGUAAUGGUAUGUUAUAAAUGACUGUAUUAUAUGCAGAAAUCUUUGGUAAAUAAUCCCCCUUGACUCCAAUUUAUAUCAUUAGAACUAGUAACAAUAUAAAUUUAUAAUACAAAUUAAAAUGCUAUUUUAAUACCAAUCAUCCAGUAGCUCUUAAAUAAAUAAAUUUAAUAACAAUGAAUAUGUAUGAGACAUAUGUACAACCAUAAUGUGGUAGUGGAUAUUGUGAAGUCAAUUUACAAGGAGCAGGAAAUUAUUUAUUUGUAGAUUUAAACAAAAAUGAUUAAUGUAAUAGUAUAGGAAGUAUAUCUACUUGUUAAUUAGCUAAUUGUAUGGUAGAUCUUUAGAACCAUAUAUGCAAUUGA